CUUUAACCCAGUUUACUUAAAAGUAGCUUCAGGAAGGUCAUGCCCAUGGGUUUAUGCCACUUCCAGCCAUGGGCCUUUGGGGAGCACUUUGCUUUUUAAUUUUCCUGGGCAAAACUUGGGGACAGGAAGAAACAUACGUCAUUUCAGCACCCAAAGUCUUCCAGGUUGGAGCAUCUGAAAAUGUUGUAAUUCAAGCCCAUGGCUACACGGAAGCAUUUGAUGCGACAAUCUCUAUAAGAAGUUAUCCUGAUAAAAAAGUGACCUACUCUUCAGGCUGUGUUUAUUUAUCUCCAGAAAAUAAAUUCCAAAACUCGACACUAUUAACAGUUUGUUGUUUUCAGAUUCAGGAAAAACAGUUGUCUGCAGGACAAAGCUCAUUGUCAUAUGUGUAUUUGGAAGUCGUGUCAAAGCAUUUUUCAAAAUCUGAAGAAAGGCCAAUCCUCUAUGACAAUGGCUCUCUCUUCGUCCACACCGACAAGCCUGUGUACACUCCACAGCAGCACGUAAAGGUUGGUGUCCUUUUUCUGGGAGAUGCCUUGGAGCCAGUUACACAGGAAACUGUCUUAACUUUCAUAGACCCUGAAGGAUCAGAAGUUGACAAGGUACAAGGAAACAAUCUUACUGGAACUGUGUCUUUUCCUGACUUCCAGAUUCCUUCUAACCCCAAAUACGGUAGAUGGAUGAUUCAGGCUAAAUAUAGAGAAGACGCUUCCACCAACGGAACGACACACUUUGAUGUCAAAGAACACGAUGAAGCCCAAGACGUGAGUCUCCAGCCAACAGAUUACCUGGAACAGAAAAUAACAGAACAAGCUGCUACAUACAAACAUCCGGUGGUAAAGAAGUGUUGUUAUGACGGAGCCAGACCUAGUGCCUAUGAAACCUGUGAGCAGCGAGCAGACCGUGUGAAAACAGGCUCACGCUGUGUCCAAGCCUUUACUCACUGCUGCACCAUGGCAACCCGGAUCAGGGCAACCCGGAUCAGAGCUAAAGACACCUUUAAAGGUGUCUAUUUGGCAAGACACCCUGGAAAAAAAGAGGAGAUCUAACUGCAUGGAAUAUCUAACUGUUAAACCCAGAAGACGGUGCUCACGGCACUGUGGCUGCCACAGUGAAUGCUGACACGCUGCUCAUGGAAAGCUGAAGACUCAACAGCACACACUGCUGUGUGCCACGGUGCUGCCCAGGUGCCCAGAUGUCUGUAACCCUGGAUCAAUUCACCACAAACGACCAGAUGUGCCAGCAGAGCAUGGAACCCUCUAAAAUCAUACUGUGCCUAUAAAUAUGUGUCAAAGCAGAAUAUUUAAAUCAAUAAAAAUUAUCACCCAUGUUGAGAAA